AUGGCCUCCACAGUGUGGCUCCUGCUCCAGCUUCUCCUCCUGACCUCACUGGUGACGGCGUCUCAGUACUACGGAGGAAGCAUGACCUUCACCUACAAGGGAACAAACCCUGAUGGAUCCAUCAAGACUGAACGAUGUGCCAUAUGGGUCAGAACUGCGUAUCCACCCCUCACCUACAAAGAAUCACUGCUUGAUGUGGACGUCCGAGCCAGGGACACUGAUGAUGGUUGUUAUUACUACCACUACUGGAACUGUUACUCUGGCAACUGUGGCUCCAUAAUCAGUAGAUCAAUACAUCAAAUUGACAGCAGCACCAAUGCAUCACCAUCCAACCGCCAGUGGUGUGAAACAGAGAAUGUUGAGAAGUGGACAUUUCCCAGCAAUAAACCAUUUGAGCUGAGGGCAGCUAAAUGUAACUGGGCUCCAACACGUAACAGUGUUAGUAACUGGAGGCUUAGCACUCUUGUGGAUUUGGGAAGAAGAUCAGACACAGAACAACCCAACAGGUCACCAGAUGUCGCUGUUCUUCCUUUCAUAAGAGUUCCUCAGAAUUGCCCAAGGACAUACAAGCUGCCAUCCUUUGAUCCUGAUGGUGACAGAGUCCGAUGCCGGUACGGGAAUAUUCCAGACAAUUCCCAGUCCAUGUCUGGCUUUAUACUUGAUCAGGAUACUUGCACAUUGCGCUACCAAAACACCCCUGCCAACAAAAAAGUUUUUGGGUUUGAGAUAGUGGUAGAAGAUUUCUCACUGUACCCUGUCAACCUGUCUUACUCAGAUGGUUCAAUAAUCCACAAUGUCAACAACUACACCAACCACCACACGAACCAAUACGCCAAUAAGUACACAAACAACUACACCAACCACCACACGAACCACUACGCCAACAAGUACACAAACAACUACAUCAACAUCCACACCAACAACUACACCAAACACCACACGAACCAAUGCACCAACAAGUACACAAACAACUACAUCAACAUCCACACCAACAACUACACCAACUACCACACGAACCACUACGCCAACAAGUGCACAAACAGCUACAUCAACCCCAUCAACAACUACAUCAACAGUUACACCAACAACUACACGAACCAAUACGCCAACAAGUACACAAACAACUACAUCAACAUCCACACCAACAACUACACCAAUUACCACACGAACCACUACGCCAACAAGUACACAAACAGCUACAUCAACAUCCACACCAACAACUACAUCAACCACCACACGAACCAAUAUACCAACAGCUACAUCAACCCCAUCAUCAACUACAUCAACAGUUACACCAACAACUACACGAACCACUACGCCAACAAGUACACAAACAACUACAUCAACAUCCACACCAACAACUACACAAACCACCACAAGAACCAAUACGCCAACAAGUACACAAACAACUACAUCAACAUCCACACCAACAACUACACCAACUACCACACGAACCACUACGCCAACAAGUACACAAACAACUACAUCAACAUCCACACCAAUAACUACACCAACUACCACACGAACCACUACGCCAACAAGUACACAAACAACUACAUCAACAUCCACACCAAUAACUACACCAACCACCACACGAACCAAUACACCAACAGCUACAUCAACCACAUCAACAACUACAUCAACAGUUACACCAACAACUACACGAACCACUACGCCAACAAGUACACAAACAACUACAUCAACAUCCACACCAACAACUACACCAACCACCACACGAACCAAUACGCCAACAAGUUCACAAACAACUACAUCAACUUCUACACCAACAACCACACCAACUACCACACGAACCACAACGCCAACAAGUACACAAACAACUACAUCAACAUCCACGCCAAUAACUACACCAACCACCACACGAACCAAUACACCAACAGCUACAUCAACCCCAUCAACAACUACAUCAACAGCUACAUCAACCCCAUCAACAACUACAUCAACAGUUAUACCAACAACUACACGAACCACUACGCCAACAAGUACACAAAUAACUACAUCAACAUCCACACCAACAACUACACCAACCACUACACGAACCACUACCCCAACAAGUACACAAACAACUACAUCAACAACUUCACCAACAACUACACCAACCACUACACGAACCACUACCCCAACAAGUACACAAACAACUACAUCAACCCCAUCAACAACUUCACCAACAACUACACCAACCACUACACGAACCACUACACCAACAGCUACAUCAACCCCAUCAACAACUACAUCAACAACUACAUCAAAUGCUACACCAACAACUACACGAGCCACUACCCCAACAAGUACGCAAACAACUACGUCAACCCCAUCAACAACUUCAACAACAACUACACGAAUAACUACAUCAACAACUAUGUCAAGAACUAUACCAACAACUACAACCCAGAAGUAUCCAUUGGCUGGUAGAAGAAAGAGACAAGUAGCCACAAUCCCUCCAACCACAUCACACACAAUUGAAGAUACCACAGCAGCAAAAUGGCCAGAUGCCCAAACAGUUAAACCAACUACUGCAACUACGACUGUUCCACCUAAUCCAUCAUAUGGAAGAACUGAUCCUCUCAGUAGACUACCUCUGCGGUUUUCAUUUUUGG